GCAGACACUGGGUCUUGCCUUAACAAUAUCACAUGCAGAUUCAAUUUCUUUGUUGGUGGAUUCGAGUUUCUUGUCUUCUGUGACAAAUACACCACCUCCACUUCCCAUUAGCCUAUCCUUUUGAUAUACUUCCAGAUGUUCCCUAAAAAUCUCAUUAUUUUCAAUUUUGAGUUUUAACCAGUUUUCUGCACCUAAUGUUUGUGUGCUCCACUACUUUUCAGAGCACUGGUGCUCUGUUGCAAAUGCUUUGGCAGUCAAACAGUCAGAUUUUAAUGUACUUGCUUGUAGAGGUGAAUUUUAGGAUCUUACACUGAUACUUCCAGGCCAGAUUCAGAUUCUAUAGGUGUUUUUGCCCAUAGAAUAGGCUUUAUCAGUUAUAGAAUGUUACAGUUACAAUCAAGAUAUUAGAAAUAAUGUUCACAUUGCAUGUGCAAAUUAAGUGUCUUAUAUUAACCAGUUAUAUAGUUUAGAACCAGAAACUUAAAUAUCAAUUUCAGCAUUACAUAUAUCAAAGAAUUAUUGCAUCCUGUAAAAUGGAUUGCCAUCUAACCAGCUGAAACCAUGUAAAGGUGUGUUUAGAUCAGAAUAUGAUAAUUCAUUAAAGAACUUCAGACAGUUCAUUUUGCGAGAUUUUCCUGUGUCCGUCAGUUACAUUAUAUUAAUACUUGUUCCAUUGGUCAUGAAUACAAAAUUUCAUACUGAUGUUGAAUGUAUCAGUUUAACAUAAGUUGGGAGUUGUCAUUCAGAAAUUCUUUUAAUUUGUUUUUAAAUUCCUGUUGGCUAUCUGUCAGACUUUUGAUGCUAAUUGGUAAAUGACUAAAGACUUCUGUGGGAGCAUAAUUCACCCCUUUCUGUACCAAAGUCAGAUUUAACAGAGUGUAGUGAAGAUCAUCCUUUCUUCUAGUGAUGUAGCUAUGCACUUUGCUGUUAUUUUUUAACUGUGAUGGGUUAUGAAUAACAAAUUUCUUAAGUGAAUAUAUGUGUUGUGAAGGUACUGUGAAUGCCUCUACUUGAAUAAAUGUCUGCACAAGGUGAAAGUGGGUGGGCUCCAGCUAUUAUUUUGGUUACACACUUUUAUCUUAAUGGUGAAUUAUCCCCAAAUAUGACACCAUACAAAAGUAGUGAAUAAAAAUAGGCAUAGUAGGAUAAUUUACCAAUAUGUUUAUCACCAAAAUUUGCAAUAAUCCUAAUAGCACAAGUAGCUGAACUCAAAUGUUUCAGCAGAACAUUAAUGUGUUUCUUCCAGUUCAGUUUCUCAUCAGUGCACAUACUCAGAAAUUCUGAAUAUUCCGCAUCAGCUACAGACUUCUGUUAAAAGUCUAUACUUAUCAACAGUGUUAUACCACUUACUGUACAGAACUGUAUAUACUGUGUUUUCUCAAAAUUUAGCGAGAGUCCAUUUGCAGAGAACCACUUAAUAAUUUUCUAAGAGACAUUACUACAAUUUCCACAGCUAAUUCGUGUUUAUUGUGCGUGGUUACAAUACUUCUAUCAUCAGCAAACAGAACUAGCUUUGCAUCUUCAUGAUUAUAGAGUGGCAAGUCGUUAACACAUAUUAAGAACAAUAAAGGACCCAAGACUGAACCGUGUGGGACACCGUUCUAAAUACUUCCUCAAUUAGACGACUCUGCUGAGUUUUACAGACUAUAUGUGUUGUGAAUUUCAACAUUCUGCAUUCUUCCAAUUAAAUAUGUGUUAAACCAUUUGUCCACUGACCCACUCGUACCACAAUACUUAAGCCUAUUUUGAAGACAUUCGUGAUGCAUACAUUCAAAAGCCUUUGACAGAUCACAAGAAAUCCCAAUGGGUGAUGCUCGGUUAUUCAGAGCAUUUAAUAUUUGAUCAAUGAUAACGUAUAUAGCAUUUUCUGUUGAAAAGCCUUUCUGAAAACCAAACUUAAUAUUUUGUUAGUACAUCAUGUAUUCAUAUGUAUGAAGGUACUGUUGAAUACAUUACUUUCUCAAGAACUUUUCAUAAAGCUGUCAGAAGCGAGAUUGGGUGGUAGUUGUUAGCAGUUGACCCAUUCCCCUUUUUAUGCCGUGGUUUAACAAUAGCAUAUUUCGAUCUAUCUGGAACAAUGCCCUGUUUCAGUGAGCUACUACAUGUGUGGCUGAAAAUCACACUUGUCUGUUGGGAACAAGCUUUCAGCACUCUGUUGGAAAGGCCAUGAAUUCCAUGUGAGGUUUUACUUUUGAGUUUUUUUCUUAAUUUCAGUUGGAGAGUUGGGCUGAAUUUCAGUUUUAUCAAAUUGCAUAGGUAUUGCCUCUUCCAUACACAGCCUUGCAUUGUAUAAUGAACAGUUGAAUCUUAUUUUCUCUGCAGCACUAAAAAAUGAUUAUCAAAACUAUUUUCUAUUUAUGACUUUUCAUUAAUGAACUUUUCAUUGAGUUUGAUAGAAAUACAGUCUUCCUGUGCUCUGAGUUGCUCUGCUUUCCUGUUAAAAAUAUUCCAAAUUGUUUUAAUUUUAUUGUCAGAGGUGCUAAUCUCAGACAUAAUGCACAUACUUCUCGACUUUUUAAUAAUUUUUCUUAAUACAGUGCAGUAUUUUUUAUAAUGUUUGACUGUCCUUGGAUCAUUACUCCUUGCAACUAUAAAAUAUUUUCUUGGAGCUAUGUCAUGUACUGUAACUGGCCAUGCAUCAUGAUCAGAAAGACUAUUCUUAACAGGAAAAGCUUUAAUUUGAUUAAAUUUAUCUUGUUGUAUCUAUCAGUACUCUGCUUUCAUGUGCUACCAGAGUAGGAAAAUCAAUGACUGAUAUCAACUUGAAGGAAAAAAAAAACAAGUAAUACUUCAAGGUCAUUCCUUCUAUUAGACACAUUCAGAAAAUGUACAUUGAAAUCCCCAAAAACAAUAAUUUGUUUCCCUCUGUCUGACAGACAGCACAACAAAGAUUCCAAGUGUUUCAGAAAUAGCUGAAAAUUUUGCAAUGGGAACUUACACACAGCUACAAUUUUAAAAGUACCACUAUUUAGUUUAAGCUCAGAGAUACAUGCUUCUGUACAGUGCUCUACAAAUUUUUUAUAGUUUCUAAAUUUUUCACACUAUGAUACAUUUUAACAGAUAUGGCAACUCCUCCUCUAUCCAUAGUUUCUGUACCUACAUGUGCUGAAAGCUUAUUCACCUACAUUUACCUUUUCCAUAUCUGCGAUUAUGUGAUGUUCAGACAGGCAUAGUACAUCUAUUCCACCAUGAGUUUCUAAAUCUUCCAAACAAACAAGAAGCUUGUCUACUUUGUUUUUUUAAUCCCAUGAUAUUCUGAUGCAAUAUAUUAACAUUACAUUUCACUGUACUUUAUGAGAAUCUUCUGAUAUAUUAAAAUUAUUUUUCACUGUACUCUCAUGAGAAUCUUGUAAUAUUUUAACAUGUCAAGUACCUGCCUGUCUGAGCUUCUCAUUAAGCACAAUUUCAUUCAGUGUUGAAUCAUUGGACACUGCUCUUAGUAUUAAUUCUUCUUGUGGUGUCAUGAUAACAUAUAUUCUUUCUAGUGUCAAAAUAUUGUAUAUUAUGUUGUUCUUAACGUAGAUCAGUGAGACAAAGGUAUGAAGAUUUACAACUGUCAACAUGUUCUUCAUGAAUGGGUGGGGUUGUGUUCCCUGAGAUGAGUCUUACACAUUAUUCGUUGUACAUCAUUAAUAUGUAGAUAACAGUAAUGUAAUCAAGUUAUAAAGUACAGCUACAGUCUUAAAUACUAAACUGAACAUUGUACAUAUCAACUGAAGUAGUACAUGUCUAAUCUUAAAUAUCAAAAUCAACAGUGUCCAUAGCAUAGAACACUUUUAUAUUGUAAUAUGAUUUUUUUUGUUACCCAGUCAUAUAAUGUUAUUUUGAACUAUGUAAGUGACAACAAUUGGGUAGUGAGAGGAAACUUGUUAAAAAUUUUUAGGGCAUUCACUUAUGGGAGUUCCUUGUUAUUGCUAACCUGUCCCUUGGAAUGUCACUGUUUGUGUUAUUUUAGUGUUAUGUUUGUGAAUUGUUUCCCUAACAAUACAUUCUUUAAUGCUGCCCUAGACAAAGAGUGCAGACACACAGAUAUACAUAUUUACAGUUGUUGGUAUCCUAAGCCUGGUAAAAAGACUGUGAAAGUGCUCUGUUGGCCCAGCAUUGCAUAUUAUACAGCCAAUUUCACUGAAAUUGAGAUAUGUAAUUGAGAAAUCUUGGAAUAUGUCGUACAGGAUAAUUAUUACUGAUCAUAUCUCUCAGUUUUCACGUGAUGUAGGACACUCUUGAGAUCUCUUUACAGACUUGGUUACUAUGCGCUUCCUAAUUGAGUUUGCCAUCAGUACGUGCUCCUAAGAGUUUGACACAUUUAUUUUCUACAUUCUCAGACAAUCCUAAUAUUAGCUUUCGUGUUUCGUGUGGUUUACAAACAAGUUUAUUGGCUGCAAGCCAAUGUAAUACUGAAUCAAGAGUUUCUUACAUAAUCUUAUCAAGAGCUGGGAUGUUGUAAUCCCAAGGAAGUAACAUUAUAUCAGCAGCAUAACAGAUUACAGGCUGUGAUACACAAUGGGGCAGGUCACUGAUAACCAUAAUGAUAAGGAUGGGCCCCUGUUGAACAACUGUACCAGUGUUUACUAAGGAAGAAUGUCUAUUUUUAUUGAGACAAACUGUCUCCUGUUGUUCAGCUAGGAAGAAAUUGCUGCUAAUGUAGAUUUGUGUACACCAUGAUAAUCCAAUUUUGUUAGCAAUAUGUUAAAAGGAAUGCAGUAGAAUGCUUUACUUGGCUCACAUAAUACAAGCGACACCAUAUGAUGUUAGUAACUUUAGGCCUUUAUCAAUGUUGUCAGGUUUCUCAAAAAUAAUAGAAAGGGUAAUGUAUCAGAGACUAUACAAAUUUCUUAUUAAGAAUAGAAUAUUGGUUAAUGCGCAAAAUGGUUUCCGUAAAAAUAAAUCAACUGAAACAGCUAUCUUCAAUUUUUUGCAACUUGUUCUAAAUUCCAUAAACAGAAAGGAAUUAAAUUGUGGAUUGUUUUUAGACUUAUCAAAGGCCUUUGAUGUCAUCGACCAUAAGUUACUGCUUAGGAAGUUAUAUGCCUAUGGAAUACGUGGAGUUGCCCACAAAUGGUUUGAAUCAUAUCUGUCAGACAGGUAUCAGAAGGUGGAGAUGAGCCAGGCAGAUAGGACAUAUUCAUCAAGAUUCGAGAGAGUUUUGUAUGGAGUACCCCAGGGAUCUGUAUUAAUAUUUAUCAAUGACCUACCAAGUCAACUAUCUGAAGCAGAGGCAGUACUGUUUGCUGAUGAUACAAGUUUGUUUGUUAAAGCAAAUAGUGAAGCUGACUUACAAGAAAAAGUCACAUUGGCAACAGACGAAGCAGACAGAUGGUUUAAUGAAAACAGACUCAUUGUGAAUGCCAAAAAAACAACGUGGAUCAACUUCAGACAUAUUACAAAUAAAAUAAAAACUAACCUUACAGUAGAACUGGGUAAGUGUAAGAUUGAACAAGCAUCAUACACUAAAUUCUUGGGAGUAUGGUUUGAUGAACACUUAAGAUGGGAAAAGCAUCUAAUAUCAUUGAACAAAAAAUUAAGUCAAACAUGUUAUAUACUUAGAAUGCUUAAAAGCUCAUGUAAUAUUAAAACAGUCAUAUGUUUCUUAAAAGAACACGAGGAAUUUUCUACAUUAAACAGAGAAUUUCACAACUACGAAACGAGGAAUAGGAAUGAUUUCCACAGAGAAAUUCAUAAAACAGCUAUGUAUCACAAAAGUGUACUAUACCAACCCAAAAUCUCUACAGUGCUCUCUCCAAAGAACUAAAAAUAAUACCAAAACUACAUAUUUAAAAGAGAAUUAAAAAACAUAUUAUUGACCAAUAGUUUUUACAGUAUUGAAGAGUUUAUGAAUCGUUGACAAUAAAAGCACAGUUAAUAUUUCCCUGACAUAAUAAAUAUGUGUAAUUGCUCACAUUUAAAUACUUGCUGUUUCUAUGAAAGUGUGAAACAGUGUUAAUGUAAGAAUGUAAAUAAUCUUUGAUGUGAGAAUCACUAACUUUUUUUUUUUUUUUUUUUUUUUUUUGUACGUUGUUAUCCUACUUGUAUAUUUUUAUGUUAAUGUUCUGAAAGUUCUAUUAAAAUUGUAAUGUCUAAGUGA